GAUUAGCCCAAGACUGUGGGGUUCGACGUUCGCCCCGCUCUCGUACAGGCCUAGUAGUAGUAGUACUAGUAGUAGUGUUUCUUUCGUAGCUUGCCUCCCACCUUUGCGGUCUGGGUUCGAAUCCCAGCUUGGGGCUUGGGUUACAGCCUACAUAGGCCUAGCGCAAAGAUCCAAACAUGAAUUUGCCUUGCUUCCGAUGUAUGCUGUCAACAAUGUGUGCCUUUCUGCUCUUUGUGCUAUACAACAUUCCACACAGCCAUUGCAGCUCCAAAUUAGAAACUGCUGAUUUGAAUGUCAAUCACAUUCCAUUAGACUCUAAAAUGACUCCCACAGUUCAACAAAAGAGUACUAGACAAGAAAGGACAAAUACAGUGGAUGGCAAGGUUUGUUUUCAGGAUCCUAAUCUUCAUCCUGAACAUUACCGUUACUACUUCAAUAGACACCCUGAUGAAGCAGAGGCCUGUAGAUUAGAUCCAACAUGUCCUUAUAAGGAAUAUUUAGAUACAUCUGCUUGUUGGGGAUAUGAAGAAGGUUGCACCCGUGAAUCGAUGCCAGGCUACCCCAAGGUACACAAAUUUCACAAGUCAUGGUUUCCUUCCAAAGAGGCCCAGAUCAAACAGUUUUGGGAUGACAAUGAUUUUGGCUACAUCAAGAAAAUAGUGGAUGAUGGAUGGUAUCCACUAUGUACACCUAAAACGCAGAAUGGAUCAUUGCUUUCCUGUGUUGACAAUACCCGCUCCUGCUAUGCUAAAAACCUGUUUCUGAGAGUACCAGACUUUGAAGACCAUUCUAAAUUGCGGGGCAGGUUUGACACUGAACAUUUUGGUUCACCAGGUCAAAUUGGUGGCCACUGUAAUCUGGACAAAGAGCUUCUGAAAAAACACUCCAACCACUUCUCAGAACUGCAGUCAUGGUAUGGCGAGUUGCGAGAGUUCACAGCAUUGAAAGCUGAUCCGUUUGUGACUUCCAGUUGUGAUGUUGUCAUAGAGGGGCGGGCAUACUUAAUGAAGAUGGAUGCCGGAAUUAACAUGUUUCACCAUUUCUGUGACUUUGUCAACCUAUACAUCACUCAGCAUUUGAUAAAUGACUUUUCAUCAAACAUUACCAUAGUGAUGUGGGACAUGAGUAACAUGAGGUAUGUAGAUUUUUUUGAGGAUACCUGGGCAGCUUUCUCUGAUCGUCCUUUAGCCAGGCUGAAUCACUGGAGUCGUAAGAAGGUGUGCUUCCGAGAAGUUGUCUUCACACUUCCUCCGAGGAUGAUCAGAGGGUUUUUCUACAACAUGCCAGUUAUCCCAGAUACUCAUGGUAGCAGGUUGAUGCGUUCUUUCUCCCAACAUAUCCUCCAUCGACUUGGGAUUAAGCAGAAGGGUCCAUUGAAAACUGGAAAAGUGCGAGUCACCAUUUUAGACAGGAAAUCUGUCCACAGGAAUAUUGUCAACCAGGAGGAGCUUGUGGAAGCUUUGAGAGAGGAUCCUAGUUAUGAAGUGCAACUUGUGGUGUACAACCAUACUUUGACAUUUGUCCAGCAACUUGAGAUCACCCACAAUAGUGAUAUCUUCAUUGGAAUGCAUGGUGCAGGACUGACCCACUUGCUCUUCUUACCAGAUUGGGCCACCAUCUUUGAGGUGUGCAACUGUGAGGAUAAACACUGCUAUGAAGACCUUGCCAAUCUCAGAGGGGUGCACUAUGUGACAUGGGUUAACUACAGCCGUCUCAAGAAACACAAUGAGGUGCUUCAUCCAUCCCUCAAGACUUAUCAUCCAAAGUUCUGUGAUUACUCAUUUGAAAAGGCUGAGUUUGUUCGUCUUGUCAAAAAGGCUCAUCUCUAUGUCAGGAAUCAUGAAAAAUUCAAGUUUGAAGAAGCUUUACAUGAUGAACUUUGAAUAGUUUUAUACUAUAAAGAACCAUGUGACUCAAUGCACUUUUAUUUUUCGAAGUGUACGACUUGAUACUUUUCCAGUUAAGUGCAUCUAGCUUCAAUUUCAGGAAGGGUUAUCAAGUGAAUUCCUUUGCCAUGCUGGGAACUACAGUAUCAGAAAUACUUUAUGGUCAUAAUUUUUUUAUUGCAUUGCAGCCAAAAGUCAUUUUUGGAAAGGUUGUUUGUUACGACGUUGAAAUGUAUAUAGAUAAACCAUUCAUACUUCAAAGUUACUUAAAAUUGUGGUUAAUUUGUCCACAGAAGCUAAAGCCUUGCAGUGACAAACAGAAGCCUGUUUACCAAACCAAAAGACAGUUUGUGUUUCAUUUGUUACUUCACAUUUCUUAUGACAUUGUAAAGUAUCUUGUGGAAAGGGAAUACUGAGUAGGGCUUUUUUACUCCAGUAUUGCUAUCCUAUUUGAUAUUGUCUUAUGGUGCUGGGCUGAACUGUCGGUACAUUGGUUAUAUUUAUUUUAAUACUUUGAACAGUGCACAUAAAUCUGAAAUACCUAUCUUGUUUUAUUUUAUUUGGUCAUGUGUGCAGACUUUCAAAGUUACAAACACGUGAUUAAAAAUUGAUUCACUUUGUAUUCAGUUGAAAAAUAUUUUUUGUAUUUUGCAGCCAGAUAUGCCUAGCCAUGCUCAGCUUGGCUAGAAAUUCACAUUUGAGAACCAAUAAUGCUUGAACUAGUACUUGGCAUAUGUACUCCUAAGUGCAGCCAUUACUCUAGUUGACCUGCAGGCAAACAUCAUAAAACCUCUUGAUCUGGGCCACUUCCUGAACAAUUUGGAUAUGGUUAACCUUUGGUCAUGAGCAGUAGUACAUGAUUGGGAAUAAUUGUAGAAGCUCAAAGUAACAAUUUCUCAAAAUGUCCAAUCAGUGGUCAGAGUUCACCAUCUGGAAGUCAAAACCACUUUGUUUCUUUUGCAAUAUGUUUACAAAUUGUUUUCUGUUGUGAACUUGCUCAAAGUUGACCUUUGCCACCUGCAUGAUAAGAUUAUUCCUCCAUAGCAUCCCAUUAUUGCAGUGCCAUUCACAAUGCAAAAAAUAGUGGCAGCACUUUUACCGGUGGUAUUAAUUUGCAUGUACUUUAAGUACAGAUUUCUCAUGAUGCUCUUCCUGUUCACAACUGGUUAUGGAAAGAAGUAUUGAAUGAUUAUUCGACAGAACCUUGAAGGAGCACUUGGAUCCAUAGUGAGAGCAGAUUAACUUUACUUUCUAGAUCAGAGAUGCCUUUCAUUUGAAGUGUGUUGAAUAGAUUCAGAAAGUUAAGAGCUCUAAUGUCCAGCGCAUCUUUUUUUCAGAGAAAAUGUGUCACAGAUAGUAGAUACAUUUUCUGAGAUGGGAAUGUACCGUAUUACCAGUUUUCCAUGCCAUUUUCACCAUUAAUGUUUUCAACAGCAAAAUGUGUAUUCCUCAGUUUAUAUCCAAUUACAGUGUGCUAUGACAAUCAGGUGACAAAUGUAUGACACGUGUGUGGGUACUUUUAGUCAUUUUCAGACUGCAGGUGGUCAGGAGAGACUGACAUUCCAUUUCUAAGAGGCUUGUUCGAUCUUGUUUAGGGGAUAGUUGAUAUAGUUAAGAGAGACUUGCUUACUUGAAAGUUUUCCGUUCUUUUGUUGCAAUCAUAGGCUGCAAUUCGUAUUGGUAUGUUUUAUAAUUAGAGUGAACUGUGUCUGAAUCGGCUUGAUCAUUUUAUAGUAUUUACAGUACCCAACAUAAUCUUAUCUGGUAAAGAAGGUUUGCACCCAUGUUGAUCAGCAGUUACAAUGUAUAUCACACCUGACUUUAACAAAGAGCAGAUUUUCAAGCCAAUCAGGCUUGCCAUUAGUAUUUGUUUUAUUGCAGAUUUUUUGGGGUGGAAAGAUGUGUCUCUGAUACAUAACCUAUCUAGCAAAGCAGCAAUCAUGUUGGAUUCUGAACUGAAGCUUGUACAUAUGCAUCACAUUUAUGAAGUAUUACUCAGGAUGCAUUUUUAUAUAUUGUACUUGAGGCAGGGUAUAGCAUGUCAGUUUCAUUGUUAAAAUGUGUUACCAUUGAAUACAUAAAUGCCAGACACAUUAGUGAUCUGGUUGAAGAAACUAGGCAAGAAGAAAAAUUCCUUAAAUGGAUGUAUUAGCGCUUGUCAUGCAGAUCUGAAAUCUAGGAAAUGAAGCCCGGAUAUUUGUUGGUUAAGUUUUCAAGAUACCAGUAAAUAGGAUGAUGUAGGUUUGAAGCCUGCUCAAACGACCUUUGGAUUUUUCCCAAGGUCUUUAGAAACAAUUGAAAAUGCAGUACUCUCAUUUUUGAAUAGGAUAAACCUGUUCGGGUUUUUAAAAAUAUUUAUUUUAUCAAUAACAAUGUUUUAUUUUGCAAAUGUAUUUUCUCCGUUUUCUAUGAAGGUUUAUAUCCAUAUUAAGUUUUUCCAGUUGUUAAAAGAGUUGGAAAUUAUUUACUUGGACUGGAGUUGAAUUAAUACAUAGAAUACAGGUUCCACUUUGUAGACAACCAUGCAAGAUGUUGUAAAUAUCUGUCUCAUUGAAUUUGGCUGAAGAAUCUUUACCUCCCAGGUCGGUUUACUUCAAGGGAAAUAAUAAGUAGAUACACUUGUUAAUUGUUUAUUUUUUGAUGUAUGCAUGAAGAAAUUUUCCCUUUGUACUGGUUGAGUAAAAAGUGGUUGAGGUAUUAUGGUGACUUGACAUUAAAACUGACUGAUUUUA